GCGAUGACACUGGUGUUGUGCGCUUGACCACUGUGAGAACGCGACAGUUCAGUGCUGCAUCAAUUUUGAUUUUUUUUUACAUUCGCCGUUUAUUAUGAAACUGUUAUUUUUUUGACUUCCAAGGAUCUUCUCUCUCCAGGACUUUCGACAAGAGCAUCCAUUCAAGUUAGUGCCGUAAGAGACCUUAACAAAUUCUUAAUCUAAGUGACUGUAACAAAUUUUUAUUAUUAAGUGCAAGUGCGUGAGAGUGUGCGAAAACAAAAUGCAAAACAUCCAAGAGGUAUUACCUAGUGCUCGGGUGGUGGACAAGUCAGCCGUGGAGGCGACCAUCCCGGGGGGCGAUGUGAUAAAGAAAUUCCGCAUUUCCCACCCGCGGGAUGUCGAAUGCAGGGUGCCGAGGGUGACCUCCGACCGGGACCAAGGCGCCCCCCAGUGCCCCAACCAGGGCGAGAGGGAUUUCCAGAGCUCCGUCAUAGCGGAUAAGUACCAGCUGUUCGAGCAAGUUGAGGGCAGUUCGCUGUAUCGGUGCGUCGACAUCAACACGCACGAGGAGUUGGUCUGUAAGAUUGUCUCCCGCGACAGCCAUUCCCUAGUGUCCGCCCACUAUCGCCUGGACUUUCACCCAAGGGUGUCCUCCCUGCACGAGGUGAUAGCCAGGAAUCGUUACCUAUACCUGGUGUUCCCUAAGGCUCACGGAGACCUGCAUUCGUACGUGAGGUCGAGGAAGAGGCUUAGGGAAUCGGAAGCGAAGAGACUCUUCAAGCAGAUCGCCGAGACCGUCCAGGUGUGCCACGAGAACGGCAUCGUCCUCAGGGACCUGAAGCUGAGGAAGUUCGUGUUCGCUGACCCCCAAAGAACGGAACUGAAGUUAGAGUCCUUAGAGGAUGCCGUGGUUUUAGAGGAACCGGAUAGUGAUUGGCUUCACGACAAGAGGGGUUGUCCUGCCUAUGUCAGCCCGGAAAUCCUAAAGGCCGGGGCACAUUAUUCCGGAAAAGCAGCGGAUAUGUGGUCUCUGGGUGUCAUCCUGUAUACGAUGCUAGUUGGAAGAUACCCCUUCAACGAUUCCGAGCACGCAUCUUUAUUCGCCAAGAUAUCCAGAGGUCACUUCGUCAUCCCAGAGUGUCUUUCAUCCAGGGCCAGAUGUCUCAUCCGAUCCCUUUUAAGGAGAGAGCCUUCCGAGCGGCUCACAUCAGAAGACAUCCUCUACCACCCCUGGCUGGCCAAGGAGGACAGAGACUGGUCCUCCAGGGCCUGCGACCAGCUGGUGCCCGAAUGUAGCUUCUACGACUAGUUCCAAAAAUUUUCGAAGAAAUUUUCGGGACGACGUGCAAACAAUGUGCUGUGUUCUAGUUUUUAAGGAAACUGAAGCCAUUCACCUAGAUUCUAAGUACCUAAAUAUUGUGGUAUUGUUAUACGUUGUUGUUUAUCACAUUUAGACGGGUUUCGCAACAAGAGUUUUUAGCCUGUUUUUAUUUAUUCGUUUUGUUGUUUUUCCCCUUGUGUAUAUCUCCGCUUAAAAGCUUUUGUUGCCUCAUCUCUACUUCAAGUACAUUUUUUCGCUGAUAUUAUCGUUUUAAAUUCAAUCUCAUGGUUACUUGUUUACGUACGAUUGGUUUGGACUGAAUGAGUUCGAAAGCAUCACGGUGUAAUUUUAGGAAAUAAAAGACAAAGACUGAAUUGUUAGUUCUGUUAAUUAAUUUAUCUUGGGUUGGUAAGGGGGUGACGAAGUUCGAAAUCAAGUCGGCCACAUUUAUUUUGCAUUACUUCGUUUAUUUUUUUUUAUUUCUCAAUAUAAUUCGACUAUACUUUACACCCACGUCGAGCGCCAAACGUAAAGUGAAUCCUUUCUCUCGAUAUCGGGUCAAUGUCGAUUUAUGUUGCGAAAAUAAGUAUAUAUUUCAAAUCCCGGCAUAUCACAAGCAAAUAACUAAUAGAACAACUUUUACAAAUAACAUCUUCGAGGUUGCCCAGGCUGAGGUUCGACACGCAACCGAUACGUUGUCGGUACGUUGCGACGUCCAGAAAAAUGUCAAUAAAUAAAUGUUGCCGAUUUAAUUCCUGCGAAAAGUUAAGGGCCAAAUCGUUAUGUUUAUUAUUUCGUGUGUCGUUCACUGCCAGAUGAGUUUGUUAAUUUUGUUACUGACCAGAUAAUAAACAUAAUUUUCUAUCCGAACUUACCUUAACAAUGCCAUUUUAUUUAUCUUUAAAGUGUAAUUAGUUUAUACAUGUACAGUUUUAAUUAUUAUCGAUGUCGUGAUGCUCUAGACGGAAUUAUUAGUAUUGUGAUCUCUCGGUCAGGUUCGCGAAAAUUUGACCCCACUGUAUAUUUUUUGAACUGAUCAUGUACAUAACGUCGUUGUAUAUUUCGUUUCCUAAAUUAUGUGUAAGAUUGUUAGUUGGAUAUCGUGUAAGUCAGUGUACAUAGCUUCGCAUUUGUGAGAGAAGAUCAUCGUUAGUAUGUUAUGCUGUUGUUCAUAAUAAACAAUUUUUAUAUUAA